UUGCUAGAUGUUUCUCCUGCUCUCUCCUACAGGAUCGUAAGCUGUCUAAGACGGAGCGUCAGAGGUUCAAGGAGGAGGCUGAGAUGUUGAAGGGUCUGCAGCACCAUAACAUUGUACGCUUCUACGACUCCUGGGAGUCUCCCUCCAAAGGGAAGAACUCCAAGUGCAUCGUGCUGGUCACAGAGCUUAUGACAUCAGGCACCCUCAAAACGUAUCUGAAGAGGUUCAAGGUGAUGAAGAUCAAGGUUCUGCGUAGCUGGUGUCGUCAGAUCCUAAAGGGGCUCCACUUCCUCCACACCCGGGCCCCUCCCAUCAUUCACAGGGACCUGAAGUGUGACAACAUCUUCAUCACCGGCCCCACUGGCUCCGUCAAGAUAGGAGACCUGGGAUUGGCUACGCUCAAACGGGCCUCCUUCGCCAAGAGUGUCAUAGGUACCCCAGAGUUCAUGGCCCCUGAGAUGUAUGAGGAGAAGUACGACGAGUCAGUGGAUGUGUAUGCCUUUGGGAUGUGCAUGCUGGAGAUGGCCACCUCAGAGUACCCCUACUCCGAGUGCCAGAACGCUGCACAGAUCUACCGCCGAGUUACCAGCGUAAGUGUCCUCCAUCUUAAAACGCCUUGGUCCAGCCCCUCUCCCCUCCAUCCUCUCCCCUUCUGGAUGUCACUGCCAAUUACACGUUUUCUGUCUUCGUCUACCUGCCGUUCCUCUCUUCCUCUUUUCCACCCUCUCUAGUUUUCUCUCUCUCUGUCUCUCUCUCUCGGUGUCUCUGUGUCUCUGUCUCAUUCCUCUGGGUUGCAGUCAGUCUCACAUACACUAGGCCUGUAUGUGUCUGUGUGGUUUGUUCUUUAUGGUCUCAGUCGAUCAUAAAGCUCAUGUUUGAUCACUAGGGAGGAGGACUCCACGUCCUCAUCCGCCUCCUCUCCCCCUGGGGGCAGAGAGUUUAACUCCACACACACCUACCCUCCUUGCUUUGUGCUGCCAGUUAUUCUCCAUUCCCCUAUAGUCACCCAGCCAACCCCAGCAAGCAGCAUAUCAUUUACGAUGUUGAGAAACAUUCGCAUCCGCAGUUUCACAACGACUUUCACUAUUUAGAUGUCUGCCAUAGGCUGUUGAACUAGGACUCUGACACUGGGAGGAGCGUCUAGCUGUGAUAUGGUCAGGUUUUUACACGGGUUCAACUGUUAACUCUGAAUGGGACUAAUAAUGAUGUUGUAGAUCUGACUUUUACAGUUGCUAGUCUGGUUGCCAGGAAACGAGCGCUUCACUCCACUACAGAAUCCAGGCCUGUAUUCACAUACAGGACAUGACAUUGUAUUUGUUGUAAUUGAGAAGUUUACAAUAGGUCCCCUAAUGUGCCGGUCUAGCCAGUUUGCUGAUUUGGUAAACAAAUAGAUCCGGAGACGUAGCUGACCCUAUUGUAUUACUAUUACCAAGCACUGAGAAUGGGGAAGGCCUUCCUGAGUGCAGAGAGGACAUUUGAGUCUUGUUAUUCCUCAUCAUCAGUGGCUGUGUGACGAGGCAUGGCCUUCCUGUGCUAACCUGUUCCCAGAUCUGUUGGUUCUGACUCGCCAACUGACUGCACAAACAGAUCUGGGACCAGGCUAGUCCUGUGCUUACUGCCUCUCCUCUGUAUAAUCGCCCGAGGUCCCCUCCGCCUCCCCACAUCUCUUUAUCUCAUCUGUUAUUAACUGAUGACCUUUCACUUUCUAUUUUCUCUUUCCUCAAAUUGGAUUGUUUCCUCUCCGGCCUGGUCAAAUAGAGGCAGUCAUGAGCUCUGUCUGGUUUAGAUGGAGCCGUGGCCACGGUCACAUGAUGCUACUGCUAUAGAUGGAAAAAGAGGAAGGCUUUCUGACUACCCCAAACUGCACCCUAUGUCCUAUAUACGGUAGUGCACUACUUUUGACCAGGGCCCAUGGCACCCUAGGGGACAAACCCAGAGGCUCAGUGAGGGAUUCUGUGAAGGUCACCAGUAGGGGGAGACGGUGGGUCUACUGUGCUGUGGUGUGUUCUUAUUUUGAGAGAAGUAGAGGGCAAACCUGUCUGCAUUCCAUGCUUCCUCAGCUGCUUCUGUAGAUCACAGACGGUUCUGUGAUUCAUCCAGACAGCCUUUUCUGAGCUCAAGUGGGAAUUCCUCAGUCAACCAGUAAAGCCAGUAUAGGUAGGCUAAACCCCACACUGGUGAAAUCAUUCUGCAGGAAGUGCAAUCCUGAAAUACUCCAAAUACCAUGGAGGUUUUGUUUUACGUUCUCUUCCGAAUCACUUGUCUUCAAGGCUGGCUGAGAUGUUAAUCUCAGUUAUUUCCUGUCACUGAGGUUUUUACAUAAAACCUAAAACCCAGUUGUCCUCAGUGUCAGCAAGGCUCUCUCUCUGUCAGGGCUUCAGCACACAGACAGGCCCGAUCUCCCACUGUCACUCACUGACUUCCCCUCCUCUCUGACUCCUCUUUACCAGCUCCCUCCUCCUCUGUACCGGCUCCCUCCUCCUCUGUACCGACUCCCU